CGUGCCCGGUAUCGACAUUUACCCGUUCAUUUGUAAACCCUAGAAAAAAGCAGCGGCGGUUUAUUGCAAAAAAGCUGCGAUGAUCGAGUUAGGGAGACGCCCACGUUCCCGAUCUCCCCGACAUUACAACAAUGCUCAGUGCUCCUCUUGCAAAUGCGAGCGAGCUGGUGAGAAAUACUAUCCUCACAACGUCAUAGCAAAUCUGAAUACUCUCACACGCAAAAUGGUCGACGCUACCGGUAGGAAAUGCAUGGUAGAAGUAAUUAUCAACACUCUUCAAGAGAAAAUAGCUUCCUUAAUCUCCGAUGAACCAGAUCGAGAGACGGAAUUCGAUAUGCGGAGCGUAACGAGAAAGUUUCGUGAGUGGAAUUAUGAUAUCGGGCGAUUUCAAAAGAAAAAAGAGGCGCUGGAAAAAGAGUGUGAAUCUGCGAAACGAGAGCUUGCUGAUGCUCACAAUGCUCUAUCAGAUGGGCUCAAAUUUUGGAUCGAUUCGAAAGAUACAGUGAUUUCUAUGUUCCAUGCCAAACUCUACAAAAAUUGGGGAUGGUGUGCGUAUCGCUAUGAAAUUGAUCCACAUUUAUCACGGGAGCAACGUGAGGAAGUUCACACAGAAAUUUGUCUUCACUUUGGGAUUAUAGAGUAGCAGAUCAGCUGAUUUGAUGCAGCAUUUGAAGCGGUAGGAUCUAGAUUAAUUAAUUUCCAAUUCACAAUUAACACUUUUUUGUUUAUAUAUUUUUUGAGAUGGGUAACAUUAUCUGAAUCUAUGACUUUUUAAAUGUUGAAUUUAGUUAACUUUUGGUCAAAAUUUUAAGUAGAGUAUAUUUUUCCAAUUAAAAUGGGACGGAAGGAAAAGCAGCAGUGAGACGAUAAUCUAAAUUGAUUAUCAAAUACCAUUUUAUUGUUUUAAACGUUAGGUUAGUAUAUAUAAUUAGAAAAUUAUAAUGUUUAUUAUAUGAAUUUCUUUUAUGUUGCAUGGGAAGUUUGGUGUUGUAGUUGGGUCAUUUAAGUUAACAGGCUGCUUAUUUGGAAAGAAUGUAGUCAAAAGUGUCAUUAAUAUGCCAACUUCUCCAAUCUGGAAAACAUGAAGUUUUCAAUAUAAACUAGAGCUAUUUUCCUAACCAAAUCUUCGUUAAAAUCCCGUGUGUUGGUCCUUACCCGCUUCAUAACCGUCUCCUUCUUAUCCACAACUCCAAAAUUUGCAUAAGCCUCAACCAUUGCAAUCAAAGCGGAAGACUUCAAAUCUAUCCUUUCCAUUCGAGUCCUUUGAUACGCCUUUUCCAUUCUUGUAAGCAAACCCGCUCGUGCAAACUCUUCGAUAAGCACAUUAUAAGUUAUCCGAUCCGGAGUGCACCCAUCCAUCUCCAUCUUCUUCAAGCACAUUCCCAUCUCAUCGUACAUUUUGAACUUCCCGUAAGCUUGUAUCAAGCCAUCAUAGGUAUCGCUUUCUAAGGUCAAAUUGGUUUCUUUCAUUUGAUUAAGAUGAAAAAGAGCAUCAUCAAAUUUUCCAUUUCUAGCAAAACCAUGAAUUAAGGAAUUGUAAACUUGUAGAGAUGGACUUAGACAAAAUGUCUUAAUAUCAGUGAAUGCCAAGACUGCAUCUUCCAUUAAACCUUCUUCACCUAACAUCUCUAUAAUCUUCUCAUAGUUAAAUUCAUUAAUUCUUGAAGUCUCUCUGUCCUUCCACAUAUUAAAGACCUGUUCAAGUAUUCUUGAGCCUUAAACAUUGUGUAGGAAGAAUUAUAGUGGUGUUUGAACUUUCAAUAAUAUGCCGUUUUAGUGCCUAACUUUCUAUUACUUUCAAUUUAGUAUUUCAACUUUUAAAAGUGUAUCAAAUGAGUAUUAAUGAAGAAGAAAGAGUAAGAUUACCUGGAGAAUCUCGUCAGAUCUAGAGCACUGUCUAAGAAAUCUGAUAACAGUCCAGAAAUGAUCUUUGGACCAAUCGCCAUCCUCCUCAAGCAUUAGCAAGGGGCAUGAGCCCUUCUUGUUGAGCCUGGCGAGCAAUUCCUUGAACCUCUGGUGCUCAUGGAAGCUCUCAACGAGGAGCGUCUUGUGUUUGGUUGAGUUAUCGUGAGAAAUGGCAUGCGAUGGAUUGAAGCAAGUGACUGGUUUAGUGAUUUUGAUUUUGGAGAAGAGGAAAUUUGGAUUGGUUGCGUCAAAUUUGUACGGGUAAAAUGUUGUGAAAUUGUUUUGCAGAGUGGAAAUUUGAUUCAUUACGUUCUCAUUCUGUAGCCAAUGUUUUACAGCUCAGUGUUGGUUGAUGUAAUUGAGUUGAGAUUUUAAUGUUGAAACCUAAGUGAAACAGAUGUGUGGGUUUGCAA